AGACAGGCUGCUGAUUCACACACACACACACACACACACACACAGAAGAGAAACAACGUGCUGCAGUUUUAACAAAUAAACAUGUCACUGACAUAAACUGUGGAAACUGAACUGCAGCGUCUCCUCACAGCUCACCAUGGUCCCUACAGACUUUAAAACCCUGAUCCAGAGGUUUUAUCACCUUCAGUCUGAGCGGGUAGAGACGUAUCAGCUCUUUGACGAAGGACAUGAGGCCUACUUAAGGACGGGGCCCCAUUACGACUUCGACCACUACAGGCAGCUGGUGCAUGAGAUAACACAAGCCUUCUGUGGCAUCUCCAAAGAAGUGCUGGAGAUCAAGGAGAGGCUGCACCAUGAGUUUGACCGGCCAGACCUUUCUGAGCACAUCGAAAAGCUGCAGAGCAAAGAGAAGCAGAAGCUUGAGCUGACAGCCAAGCUGCAGCUGGCCAGGCAGCGGGCCCAGGAUCACCCGGAGGACGAAGACUGUCAAGAAAAGAUUCAGGAGAUCAAGCACGAGAUCAUCAAGAACAAAGAGGCUCUGAGUGAGAUCAUGCAGGACUUUAAAUAUGACUCUGAGGAGUCUGAUUGACAGGUCGGUCCCCAGGAGGCCCACCGCCGCCCUCUCACAUCACCAGACAGCGGAGCUGACAGAUCGACUCGGCUCUGGUGCAACUUCCAUCUUGGACUCCUCAGCUGCACUUAUCGAUCCCCCCUCUGGCCCCACCCUGCUCGUUGCUGCAGUCUUAUUCCACCCAGGGGGCUUUUCACAUUCUGGCUUUGUGGGUUCCUGUCUGUAGUUAUGUGUUUGUGUUAAUGCAUGUAUCAGCAAAAAAAAAAAAAAGAAACAAAAACUUUAUGUUGUGAAGUCUUGUAAAUAAGGUUAAAUAUUCCUUGCAGGCUCAUCCAGAAAUCUUUGUUAACUUGAUGAAUUGUAUUUUUUAAUAAAAAAAAAAGAGUUUUCUUGUUCUAUACAUUA